CUCGCGCGUAUCUUGGGCGUUUAAAAGGAACGUUUAAGUGAAGUCGAGGAUGACAGUGGAUUACCAUUAUUCAUUACCAUAUUUAUGGUGAUGGAAGCCAUGGCAAUAAGUGUUUUACCUUUUUUUUUCAAAAUUAAAGGCUUAUCUUUGAAGGUGUACUUUGCCUAAUGAGUUCAUUCAAAUUUAUUGAAAUGGCUGGUUUGCAUUCAAUUUCUGUGUAUUAUAUUCACUUUCAGAUUAUUUGAAAAAUAUCCGCGUGUGCUGAGAAAAUAAAAUUCUUUUCUCGCGUAUAUUUACGAACCACAAGAAAAUAUAUUUGGCAUUUUUGCAUGCCUUAUGGAAGUAUUUAUACAGAUUUACUGAGGGAAAGUGAAUGUGUUUGGUGAAGGAUUUUAUUUCUGAGUGUGUGCAUUGGGAAUUUGUAAAUAAAGCAUGUGUCAUCCUCGACCUAGUCCAAGAAAAUUUCUAGUGUGAUAAUACACCGAUCGCGGAAGAAAACAAGUCAUGACAACAGAGGAAAAACUGUGAACACGUGUUUUUGUCCGCUCAAACGCUGACCACUACGGUCAGUCAAUGAUCAGUCAAUGAUCAGUCAGUGAUCAGUCAGUAAUAAAUCAGUAAAUAACCAAUGGCCUUACCUUAAUGUUAAAAAUCCAAAGACUUGCGUUCACUACUGACUUCUCGGUUGGAGGAGGAAAUGAGUAAUUAUGGAAAUGAUUUGGGAAAUGAUUGUGGAGAUGAAGACGAGUGUCAGGGAGCGAUUGGCCGGAAGCUUGUGAAAUUGCGGAUCUGAUGCCAGCAGUAUGCCAGUGUUCUUGGCAGGUCGAUGUUGUUCGUACCGACGGUCCGUCCGUAGCCGUCCUGACGAUGCCUACGAUGUGUGUUACUGCACAUGGCCGUGAAGAAAGACAGGCCAUCACAUCGCUCCACACACACCCAACCAUUUUCACCGGCACAAAUUAUCAUACAUCACAUCCACCAUGACUACCUCAUCGGAAGACGUACUGAUGCAAGUUGGCCAGGUUCGUUAUAAAAAAGGCGAUGGAACUCUUUACGUAAUGAACGAGAGAAUUGCGUGGAUGAUGGAUAACAGGGACACCGUAUCAGUCAGCCACAAAUAUGCGGAUAUAAAGAUUCAAAAAAUUUCACCCGAUGGUAAAUCAAAAAUUCAACUUCAACUCGUGCUCCACGAUGGCACGUCUUCUACAUUUCAUUUUGUCAAUAAGAGUGGGCAGGAGGCACAGGUCAAAGACAGAGAUGACGUCAAAGAGCUACUGCAGCAAUUGCUGCCGAAAUUCAAGAGAAAAGUCAAUAAGGAAAUUGAGGAGAAGAAAAAAUUAUUGACAGAUAAUCCGACACUCAUGCAACUUUAUCGUGAUCUUGUACCUACUCAAGUCGUAACCACUGAGGAAUUUUGGAAUCUCCAUGCACCAGAGUACACAACAAAGGCUCGAGAACGACAGGAGAUUGGAGUCAAUAGUGCCUUUCUCGCUGAAAUAAAACCAGUGACAGACGGUUGCAACGGUUUAAAAUACAACCUCACAGUCGACAUAAUGGACUGCAUAUUCAAAACGUAUCCAGCAGUGAAGAAAAAGCACCAGGAGAACGUGCUAACGGAUAAGAUAUCAGAAUCCGACUUCUGGACAAAAUUUUUUCAAUCUCACUACUUUCACCGUGACCGAAUAAAUGCAGGGACCAAAGAUCUCUUCACCGAGUGUGCCAAAAUAGACGAUCAGGAGUUGAAAAAGGAUAUUCAGACAGGCAUAAACGAUCCACUACUCGAUAUAACGUCUUUUGAGGAUACAACGAUAGACGAGUGCUACGGUAGUGGUUCGGGGAAGAUGGAUAAAUCUUCAGGUAACAUUGUCCACCAGAGUAUGAUAAAACGAUUCAAUCAGCACAGUAUCAUGGUGAUGAAAGCCAGCACUGCCAAACAAACGACAGAGAAGAAGAAUGACACAACACCUCAGGUGAAUGGGUCAGCCUCGACUGGGAAUCCAUCGAGAAAUAGUGGGACUGACGGGGAACCAAAGACUAAGAAACUUAGGAUACAGGAGAAACUCGUUUACGAUGACUUGGACUCGAGCAAGGACAACAAUAUUGUCUCGUCAGCACCGCUAAAUUUAACCCACGUAGAUAGAUAUUUGCAUGGGCCCGUGCCUGGCACUGGUACCAUCGAAGCAACCACCGAGGAAUUGCAGACAACAUUGAGUCAGCUGAAACGAGAGGCUCAUUCUUGGCUCAAUGGCAACAGCUUACCCCGACAGACUAGUCUAGUGAGUCCUGCUGCUGCUGUCUCUGCCCUCGGCGAGCUCACACCUGGAGGAGCACUCAUGAAGGGCUUCAGGGAGGAUAAUGUUGGACAAUUGAUACCACUGGAGCUGGAGAAAGAACUGCGCAGUGUGUACGUCUGCACGUGCGAACUACUGAGACACUUCUGGAGGAGCUUCCCACCGACCACACCCCAGCUCGAGGAGAAGGCCGUCAGAAUGCACGAGGCACUGCGCAGAUUUCACACAGCUAGACUGAAAAAAUUUGAAGAUCAUCUUCAACGGGAUUAUUCAGCCAUCAGCCAGCAUCUUACUACUCACCUGAAUCAACUACUCAACACAGCAUACCGCAAAUUCGCUGUGUGGCAGCAGAGGAAAAUGCAGAUGAGGUAGCCGUGGUCCAACGACUCUGAGUCAUUAAUCACGUAACGAUUAUUGAGAGGGCAAUGCUUUUGUCUUGUUACCGAGAGUAGGUACCCUGUGGGGUGGUACGUUCCCUGUAAGCCAAAGUGGAGUCAAAUCACACCCUUCAAUGGCAUAUCGAUUGUUUAUUUAUUUACUGGGAGAUAGCAGGAGGAUUAACGAGUAUUUCGUAAUUUUGUAUGUGAAUUUUCUGGUAGCAAUUUGUUGAAAAUUCUCAGUCAAACCGUUCAUCUCCUCUUUGGGAGGGGGGGCUUAAGUCUGAUGAAUAAUUGUCAAUCUGAUUUUUCCAUUAUUUCGCUCGUUUUUGUGAGGCAUAGAGAGGUCUUUUGGCGCUGCGAUGAACUCAGUGUCUUAUGUAUUGAUUAUUAUUCAUUAUUAGUUCAUAAGGGAGACUUAAACGUCGAAAAUCAAAAUUUGGGCACGUUUGAAGCUCCUAGUGAUCCUAGAGGUAAUUUUUGAAUUUUUCGAAUGUUUGAGUGCUAAUUGGUGAUGAUGAUUUUUCUCAAUGCCUAAUUUAGUUUGUAAAACGAUUACUAUUUUAUUAUUGCGAUGAUUUUCAUUAUUAUUAUUGAUUAAUUAAUUAUUGAAAUAUAUUCUUA